AUGCGUCGACAGCUCACAAUCACCCCGACGCCUUACAAGUCAUCGCACCUGGCUAUUCCUCCUACGCCGUUCUCACCUAAGCUGCCAAUCACACCACCGGCAGGUCCAUACCGACAAGCAAGGCUAGUCGAUCGUUCAAGACUAAAAGCCAGCGCACAGCUCGUCCCUCCUCCAUGCGAUCCACUGCGCUGGCUUUGGCAAUGCCACAAAUGUAACCGAGUGUACCAGCUUGCAGUCACAAGACGCUGUCUCGAUGACGGCCACAUGUUCUGCGCGGGAACGACAGUAGUGAAACGCAGUAAGAAGAACGGCUACAAGAAGACAAUCCGCCAUCAAGCGUGUGCCAGCGAGUUCGACUAUCAGGGAUGGAAGGCAUGGGGCGUUUGGCGGAGGGCUUUGGCCGAACAAAUCGAAGCGGCUGAUUUGCAACUUGCGACAGAGGCCGAGAGUCAAGGUCUCCACUCUCCUACCGUCCCAAGCGAAGGUCAGUGGCUGAAUGGCCGAUGGUUGCAAUCACUCAAGCCAACAAAAGAUUUCGGGAAGAAGAAUUGCAGCGAAAGGUGCGAUUACCCAUCAGAGUGUCGUUGGGGAAAGCAGUAUGGAGUUCACACGCCUGUGAAGCCCACCUUGGUUGUACCAUCCAGUCCGCCGCCUGCCGCACAACCAGAGAAAGAUACAGAGCCGGCGAUUCCAACCACUUUCGACGAGAUUCUGCUCGUCGAAGAGUCGAUUGUGGAUCCCGCAUCGCCGGACUACCUCGAACCGCUCAGUACAGCUCCGUCCCAAUCGCAGAAAGGUAAUACCGAGAGCGAGACCAGGCGAGUAUCCAUGGAUGAAUUGUUGGAUAGCGUCAAGCGCCGGAAGAGGCGAUCUUCUGGUCUACUCCCCAGUCCGCUGGGAGCCAAUCCUCCCGACAAGGAAGUGGAUUCACCUGCAACACGAAGUCUGCAAAAGGCACUCGAUGACUUUGAGUUGGACAUGAAGAUGGGAUUAUUCCAGGGUGCUAGCAAGAAAGCGGAGGUCUUUGUUCGUGGGCUUGUCGAUGGGAAGAGUAAGUACCAUGGUGGCAAGUGUUGA